AUGGUCGCUGCACUUGAGACUUGGGUACAAGAAAACUCCACCAUUGACACGGACGCGCCUGAUUGCCGUCAAGAUCAUAGCCAGAGCCCUCAGGACAGACUUUACAGGCCUCGAGAAUCCCUGCCUGCUUUGGGCCAGAUUAGGGGUUUCGGCGAUCUCGCAUUAGAGAUGCAGCAACUCAGACAGAUGAUUUACAACCAGAGCCAGGCUCUAAGUGACUUUUCCAAGAUAGCUGACGACGCCCACGACAAAGUUGACGAGGCGUCUGCUAAGGUUAAUAUUACUUUACGGAGGGCCGCAAGACUCAAGGAAGUAUAUGAUCAGCUCAUUCAAUGGUCUGUAGACAUGCAAGGGGCCGUUACAAGGGAGGCACACCGUAGCGGGCUCACAGUGGUGGAUGAUUAG